CUGAGGAGCAAGGAUACUCAGCCUGAAGAACUGUCGAGAAAGACACACACGGGAGGGAUUUCUUCACAUUUAUACAGUCACACAGAAGCAGCCUGAUGCUGGCGGAGGGCAGACAGACGCCGGUGGCAGCCGCCGCCGUUGUGCACGGUCCCGGCGGGGAGGAGCGCACGGAGUCGUGCCCGCGCAGCACCUUGCUCGACCAAAGCCGGCGGCACCGGACAGCGUUUACGCGAGAGCAGCUGUCCCGGCUGGAGCAGGAGUAUGGCAAGGAGAGCUACGUGUCCAGACCCCGGCGCUGCGAACUGGCCACAGCUCUCAACUUACCGGAGACAACAAUAAAGGUGUGGUUUCAGAACAGGAGGAUGAAGGACAAACGGCAGAGACACUCUUUGCCGUGGCCUCACCCUCUUGUCGACCCUCUGGGGGCGCUCCUGAUGGGCCGUGCCUCUCCUUCCUCCACCUUGCCGUACCCCUUUAUCCCACCCCACCUGCCACACCUCCCUCUCCACCACCACUACCCCCUGGCUCUCUCCUCACCGGCAUCCUCAGCUCACAGCCGCUACAGUGCACCUAUGAGGACCCUGGAUGCACUCCGCCUCUCCCAGUACCACAACCGACCAGGAGGGCUGCCUCCAACCACAGCAGCCCUCUACCCCUCCACCAGCAUCAUGCACCAUCCCGCCUCAUGUCCCUGCCCCCUCUGUCUGCACUGGGGACCAGAACAACUGCUGAAAGCCAGAGGGGAGACACUGGGACUGAGUCAGCCCCAUAGUCCUAAGGCCAACAUACAGUCUGCCAGUCUGGAGCGGAGAGAGGAGAUGGUGUAAAACCAUCAAACAAAAUCUGAUUUGCCACACUAUCCAAGGCUGUCAAACUGCUGUCACAUAAGCUGCUGCAGGCAAAUAGCAGUAUGCUCACUGUGAAUUCUGUUAAUGCUAUUAAAGAUGGACAUGGUGGAGCUUGUCAAGUUGCAAUACACUUACUGAGUUUCACCAACUAGAAACAGGAAAUGUAUGUCUUAUCUAAAACAAUGCCAGUCACAUUACCCUGCUGAUUAACUGGAGCCGAAUGUUUUUUAGGAGACACAAAAUUGCUGUGCAAUUAUUUCAACACAUUUAGUUGGUCUCCCUGAAAUGAAACCUUUCAGUGGCAUGCCCAGCAGGCCAAAGUCAAUUUUAUUUUGAGCACACUGCCAGCCUGAAGAUGCAUUCAGAUUCAACACAGAGCAAAUACCUGCUUAAUUUUCAUGACUUUGACCACUACAGUCUAGGCACAGUCUAUGUUUACUUGUCCAAAAAAUCAAUCUACCAACACUGCAAAUGUUAGCAGCUCAGAUUUUUUUUGUGCAUUCAUAAAAAGGCAUCAUACAGCCUGGGUUUGAGCAAAGUUAUAACUCCAGUUGAAAUAUUUUCAUCUCACACAAAUUCCACUUCGAUUCAUGUGUAACACCUUUUCUUUUGACUUUGCAGCUAAGAAAAGCUUUGCUUUCAGUCUGACCAUUCCUUGACUAACCUAAAGAAUAAAGAGUCUGCAAACUUCCAGCUGAUGUUAAAGGAAUACUUCAACCCCAAAUGACUAUUUUAUCAGUUACUUACCCCAUGAACUGUGAAGAAAACAUUGUUUUUCUCGCAUGCCUUCAAUGAACAAAGACUCCAAAAACAGAGGUAACUAUUGAUGAAUUGAAGUAAUAGGGAACCACUGUAACAAACAGCAAAACUAUAUCAAAACAUUUGUUUACAAACUCUCACACAACAGGUACAAUAUAUCCGAUUGGCAUUUAUCCAUUCAUAUGCUACCUCCCAAACAGACAGCCCUUUUUGAAAACUGAAUGAAAAGGGAAAUGUUAUCUUUCUCUCUUCAAAGCCUGACUUCAUUAACCAAAACAGUAAUUAUGCUUGCUGAAGACAGGGCUGUACAAGAUGCAUAUAUUUUUUUAGCGCAAGCUCGGGUAAAAGGUUUUUCCACAAUUUUAAGUUAUUACUCUUUAAAAAUAGUAAAUAGUUUUCUGGAAAUAAUUUUUUCUUUGUUUCUAUUCUACAAAAAUCAAUA